AUGCCCGUCAUCGAUCUCUCUGGCCUCCACGCAUCCCAUCCACACGGCUACGAUGUUUCGGUGAGGGUGAGGCCCCUGCCGCCCCCAUCAGAUCGCGCGACAGAUUCACCCGCUGGCGGUGUCACUGCUUCCUCACGUCGGCCUCCGGGUCGUUUGGACGUCGUUCAGCGCGCAGCGAACGCUGAGCGAUCCUCUCCUCGAGCAGGGGCUGUUGGCAGUGGCGAUGGCGGAGCGCACGCUGAGAUCGCCAGCGGCACCCGCGACGAUCAUACGUGGGCUCGGUCAGAAGUUGCCCCUCCGGCCUUCGACCCCCGUAUACCCCACGACCCGCGCGAUUGGGUCUUCCGGUCACCAGGCGAAAGCCCCGUGCGCACGGCACCUCCCACGAUCCCAUCGCCCUCUGUUCGCGCAAGCGAACUGCGUUCCCGACGCAGGUCGAACGCCUCCGACUCGUCUGACGUGUUAUGGGCCGCUGUUGAAGACCUCAACAUCGACGACCUCCCUGAGGACGCCGGCCUGAGUGCUUCGUCGGCCCCUUCGCAAUCCGAAACCCACGGUCCUCCCAGCACCGCCCCUCACCUCACUCCUCAUCGGCCUCGUGAUGCUGUCUCCAUGCCUCCAUCGACUUCUAAACGUAAUGAUCCGUCAAGUACCACAACCGUCAUCCGAUCGCGUCACCCGAACCCAAAACCGACUCCGAAGCCCCUUCGCAUCAAUUCCGACGCACCGCGGUCCCCACCCCCGUCUCCCUUCCCCAGUGUUCCCUCCCCUCGGUCUCGAACUGCCCCUACGCCUGGCCCGUCGUCCAGCAGGCAUCCGGUACCCCCGAGGUCUUAUCCCGACCCCUUCAUAGGGGAGCUUCCGCUGAGCGCUCGUUCCGAUCGAAUGUCGGACAGGAAUCACCAUAAGUGCUGGGUCGUCUUCGUUGGAAUUCGCCCAGGGAUCUAUUAUGUCUGGGAAGAGGCCGAACAGCAGAUCUUGAAGGGAUAUAGGCUCCAACUCUCCAAGUUUACAAAUCUUCUGUGGGACACUGAAGUCGACCUCUACAACCCCUACACUCUUGUCUCCACCAACUACUCCACAGGCCGCUACUUGACUAUUCUCAUCCUCAUGUCCGGGAAACAGAACGCGAAACAGAGAAACAGGGCGCCCAAGGAUGGUGCUUCUCGCCCUCCUGGACGUGCACCGCGUUUACCAGCCAUUCAGAUCGCAUUCCUGGUUCGUCUCCUGCCUUACUACCUUGCGGAAGUUCGUGGGAGCGGGCGUACGGUCGCCACAAGGUUCUACAACAAAGUCAACAGGAGUUUCUUGAUGUACUUCAAAAACUGGAUGCCUCCGCCUCAGGCAGGCCAGCAACAGGCUCCCACCGAGAGCGGUGAGCCAAGUAAUCCUGCAGGGUGUGACGCGCAUAGCACAACGGACGCGCCGCCGAACCCCAACGCAGCGGUAGCUACCGUAGCGUCUGUCAGCCUUAGUGCAUCUAACGACAUAGCCAAUUCUUCGUCCCAUACGACCGAUCCGCCAGCCGCUGAUAGCCCCCCUGUCGCUGCUCCGAACGCUACGGGCAACAAGGACGAUACUGCGACCGCGAACGUCAACGUCGUGGAUGGCGAGUCGACGCAUACCGCUGGAAGCAUAAAUGGUCCCGCACGCGCAGGAAAUGCAGCCAACGCCCCCUCAGUUGCUCCACAAGCACCUUCGGCGACAGAGGAAAGCUCACCAGAACCCACCUCAGUCGACAGUUUUCCGGAGAUUGACUUUAACGCCGACGAUCAAGUUGACCCGAAAGACCUCUGGUGGACGAAGGAGAUAUGGGACCAGUCCCGAUUACUCGUGAUUGCUUACUUCCAGCAUUACGGCGCCAAAGUUUCCAAGGGCAAAGGCGCCACGGACAGGGGCGACUGGGAACCUCUCUUGAAGCAGCUCCUUGAGCUUGUCGUCCCUGCUCCACGUCGCGCCCAGAUUGUCCAAUUCUACUCCGGCAGGCACUGGGACGAUCGGAUCGACGCGCAAUUCCGGAACGAUUGGGCGCAGCGGGCGGAGAAGCUGAGGGCGGAGGGGAAGGAAGUCCCAUUGAAGCCUCCGGUAGAUGAGAAGUUGCGGACGGCGUGUUGGUGCUGGGAGCGUGAGGACGAGGAGUUUAGGGAGACACUGACUAGACAGAGGGACGAGGAGUAUGAGCGGGAGAAGGCAGAGUACGAAUGCAUGUUGCGUGUGAAGCAAGGGGAGGGAAAGACUUACGAAUGGUCCCUCGGUGAAGCUUUCCAAGUCUUGCAACCGAUGGCGGAGCUUCUCUCUCUGAAGUUCGGAUUGGUGGUAAGUAUAUUUAUGGGAGCACCGUUGGAAGCAGAUGGAAGCGUACGAUCCGUUGUCGUUCACGAAGGCAAGACUCGCGGGGCUCUCCUAAAGACAUGGCCUGAGUACGACUUGACCGGGGUUAACGCAGCACGAAGCACGUUCACGACGUUCGCAGAUAUAUGCUUCUCUGCAAAAGACAAGGAACACCGCCGCGACGUUAUGCGAGGCAAAGGCCCUCUGAUCCAGUCGGAGGGAGAAGCGAGAAUGGAGCAGCAAAACUCCAGCGGUGGUAUACCAGAGCAAGAUACCGCACAGUUAUCCGGGGCAUCCGUAGAUGUACAGACGCAUAGGGAGCAGCGAGGCGAAAGCGUCGACAGAGAGGACGAGGCCAUGCAGCUCGUGAAAGAAACAGAUUGGGAGAGAAGUUCGCUACACGUGGCAUCGAGCGCUAAUCAGUCCGGGAAAGAGCCGGAGUCGACUUCAGCGCCCGAACCCUCCCUCCUACCGCCGCAUCCUCGUCCUCGUCCUCGUCCGCUUCCCCGCCUCUCCACGUCCCUCGUAGCUUUGACUCCUUCCUCUCCUACUGCAUCAAACCCUACAGACUCCGUCCAGACAGGAGAGAAGACGGCCUCGCUCGAUACAGGGGUGCCACUCUCCAAGAGUUUGGGUGGCACCCCAUCCCCGGAGCAAAAUACUGAGGAUACUGUACCGUCGAUACCUUUGACCUCGACGGCCCCGGAAAUCCCUCCCUCCGACUCAACCUCCGUUACUACCCACCUCGUCGAUCUUGAACCACCCGCCGCUGCUGCAUCCAUCCCGACGACACGGUCUCCCGAAACAAUUACGCUCAAACCUACGACAUCCGAGCCCAAUGUCCUGCCGGCCAUACCCAAUGCCCCGCCACCUCCUGGUUCAAAUCCCAAUGCGUGCGAUCAUACAUCCAGGCCCGCUUCCCCUGGCCUCCCGGCCCCCGACUACUCCCCUUCCCGGAUUCCACUCCCUCCUCCUCCUACACCAGACAGCGCGAUCACGGACACCGCCUUGCCCCCGUCCGUUACCGAACCAGUACCCACUCUUGCUUCGCUCGCACCGCCGGCCCCGACCCGCUCCCAGUACGAUACUCACCCGAUCAUGGCAUGGGGAAACAUCGACGACCAAGACCUCCAAAAUUGGUGGGUCGACGGAUAUAAGUACUUCGCAACAGCAACGGUUCUGGGCCAGGAGUUUGAGUCCUUAACGAAGGAUCUUUAUCUCUUUGAGGAGAGCCAGGGAUUUAAAGCACCCUCCGUUUCUCUCGGCAAAGCUAAUCUUCGCCACCCGUGCAUAUCGGAAUGGUUCAAGAACCGCCGCGCCUGGAGAGAGUUCAACAUUGGACCGCUCGAUAAGUUCGAGAAGUCGUUCUGGUCUUGGUGGUGUGCCAUACAGCCGUCUGGUCGCGCGUUCGGUGACGAUGGCAAGCCAGAUCGAUACGCGGAGAGCGACGUUGAUUGGGACAGCAUCCGCUGUAACGGGAAGAGCGGCCUGGUGGUCGCGGUGGUUAUGAUCUGUUGGUGGGGUCUGAAGAUGGAGGAAACCAUGGUGCAGCCUCAGUAUCUUAUGGGCUGGCUGAAGGCCAUUCAGGACGUACAGUGGGUUUUGUGGGAGCUGAUUCGAACGGCGAGGGAAGGCGCGGGCGGUCGUUCUGCGGACAAUGAGGACCGGGAUAUAGCCCGUACGAGCGCAGAGCCUAGUAGCUCCACAGCCCGCGAGGGUAAACGUAUCACGCGGGCGAGAGAGGGUUCGGCUAUGUCAUCUCGUACGGCGGCUGCAGGUACUGAUGCUCGGAAGCGAACAUGGGGAGACGAUGAUGCAUCUGGGCAGCAGCUGAGUGCCUGCCGGUCGAAGAGGUGCAUAUUUCUGCAUAGUCCUUCCCUCGCCGACAUCAGGCCUCGCGUCCUACAUAAUUAG